CCCCCGGGCGCGCUCCCGGCGCUCUCGGCCGCGUUCCUGCAGGUGGCGCUGGUGAGCGGCUCGGUGCGCGCGCUCGGGCUGUGCCUGCCGCCGCUGGGCGGCGCCUUCGGGGCCGGGGCGCGCGCGCAGGCCUGGGUGGGCUCCUGCCCCCUGGCGGCGCUGCAGCUCGGCGGCCCGUUGGCGGCGGCGCUCAGCGCCCGGUUCGGCCCCAGGGGCGUGGCCAUGGCCGGGGGGGCCCUGGCGGGGGCGGGGCUGUUCCUGGGAGCCUUCGCCACCCGCCUGGAGCACCUGUACCUGAGCCUGGGGGGGCUGACAGGCCUGGGCUGGUCCCUGUCCUUCACGCCCGCCCUGGCCACCGUGCCUGGGCUGGUCCCUGUCCUUCACGCCGCCUCGGGCGCCCGUCCCCGCUGGUUCCCCGCGCGCGGGCCUCGCCACCUCCGUCGCCCUCCGGUGCCGCCGCUCGGGCCUGGCCUGGCCCCGCUGCUCCCGCCCGCCCUGGACUCGUACGGCUGGCGCGGGGCGCCUCCUCCUCCCGCCGCCGUCUCCCUGCACCUCGUGGCGCGCGCCGCCUCCUCCGCCCUCCUCCCUCGCACCCCUCCGGAGCCUCCGGAACCUUCCGGAACCCUCCGGCGGCUGCGCGCCGCGGGCCUUCCUGCGCUACGCCGCCGCCCCGCCCUGCUGGAUCUGGGCUACUACGUGCCGUUCGAUACCGCGGCGCCGGCCGCGCUGGAGCUGGGCUGCGACGGGCGCCGCGCCGCCGCGCGUGGUAGCCGCCAUGGCCGCGCUGGACGGGCGCCGGGCGCUUGCGCGCGGGUUGGCUGGCGGAGCGGCCGGGCGGCGGCGCUGCGGCAGCUGGCGGCCUGGGCGGCGCUGGCGGGGGCUGGCGGCCCUGGUGACGCCGCUGGGGACGAAGUUUUCGGGCGCUGCUGGCGCUGGCGGCGGCGCACGGGGCUGCGCGGGGGGCCGUGCGCGCCGCUGCAGUUCGCCGGCGUGGCCCAGGUGGUCGGGGCCCGCGGGGCGGCCAUGGCCAUCGGGGUCAUGCAGAUGGUGGAGAGCGCGGGGUCCCUGCUGGGGGCGCCGCUGGCGGGCUGGCUCCGCGACGUCACCGGCGAUUUCACCGUCUCCUUCCUGGCAGCCGGCGCCUUCCUCCUGGCCUCGAGCCUCCUCAUCCUCACGCUGCCCCCGGCGCCCCCCGAGCCCCCCCCCAGCCCCCCCGAGCCGCUCUAG